CCAUCCCCUGGCUCACAUCCCUGGCAGAAUUGACAGCAUCCUCACCCCUCCAGGGAUUGUCUCUUCCAAUGCUGGUUCAGCCUUCAGUGCAUCCAUGGAGCACAGUGCACAGUGACUGAGCCCAUCACCCCAAGGCAAUGGUUCUGCUGGUGGCAGUAGCAGAAGUGCUGUUGGUGCUGGGUUUGGCUGUGGAGUCCCACUCACUCUGCUCACCCACCACCUUUUACAAGAACUGCUGGAUCCGGCGCUUCCCAGGCUGCCUGAUUGACCUGCAGGAGUCACAGAGGAGGGGAGCCCGGAUGCUGAAGGUUUAUGCAGAAGUCUCACCCCAACAGUGCAGCAGAAGCUGCUGCCUUCUGAAGAAUGUUUCCUGCAAUCUAGCAGUGUUCUACCAUGGAGCCAUCCACGAGAAUAGGAACUGCCUGCACAUGUCUUGCCCAGCAUUGGAAAGCUGCAUCCUGAAGGCUGGAAUCAAUGUCAUUUUGUACAACAUCACAACAGGGAUUGAUCCAGAUCUUCUUAUUUUUGAAAAACUGACAUCCAAAGAGCCAAAUAUUCACUCCUCACGGAGUGAAUACGAAAGGCAGAAUAGCACAAAGACCACCGAGGGGGGAAGAUGCCAACACCACAAUGCCACAUCAAGUUCUCCUCUGCUCCACGCUCCAGCCUCUACCACAAGCCAUGGCUUAACAUUAAACACUUACACCUCCAGCACAAGCCUCAUGGUCCAAAAAAACGAAGUUACUACUUAUUCCAGGGCAGAAACUUUUCCAACAGAUGACCAAUUUGCCAAGAGGACAAGCACAAUUUCAGUAAGCACCAGGCAAGCCACCAGCUCAGACGAGAAGACCGAGAACUCAUCUUUGACAUCCAGGUCUGCCAGUGGAGUAUCCCACAUGCCCACUCCUCCUCGUCUGAACAGCAGCAAGCAACACCUGAACGAAACCAAAGGCUACAGUGGUAGGAAUUCUACUUCAGAAAAUGAGGCACCUGCUUGGGAAGUGUCAGCUUUGGGAGUCUGGUUGAUUCCUGUUGUUCUUUGCUCUUCUCUCCUCUGCCUUUGCUGUUGCACUGUUGCUCUCACGACAGGGCGCUGCAGCAGCAGGAGAGCUCAGUAUAAGCCCAUAAGGAGAAGAACAAAAAUGUCAAGACAAUUCAUAAAAUAUACUACUGUCAAAAGUAAUUUGUAAAACACUUGUCAGCAUCCUUUCUAUGGAACAAAUAGGCUUUUAAAAGUGCAUCCUAUAUACCACUUUAUUUCUUUUACAGAAGCAAUGAUAUUUUUUUCAUAAUAUUUCAGUUAUAAUUUAAUUCUU